AUGGCACAUACAGAUGUGAGUCACACAUCCCCGAGAACUUUUAGGAGGAAAAUACACUUUAAUGUUUUGUUUUUUCUUUUAAGUUUAAUUCAGUUUUUUAGUAAAAUGAAAAAAUGGAUGGACAUGUCAAAUCUGUCUCAUGAGUUUCGAGAGAGAGUGGAGAGACUAGAGAGAAACUUUGAAGUGUCCACUGUGAUUUUCAAGAAGUUCACACCAAUAUUUUUGGAUAUAUUUAAAAAUCCUUAUGAAGAACAACCAAAGCUACAAAGAAGUAGAAAACAGAGGCGGAUACCUUGUAGUGCUAAAGAUCUGUUCAAUUUCUGCUGGACACUAUUUGUUUACACCAAAGGUAAUUUCAGUAUGAUCGGAGAUGAUCUGGUGAAUUCAUACCAUUUACUUCUGUGCUGCUUAGACCUGAUUUAUACAAAUGCACUUCUAUGUCCACAUAAAAUAGAUUUACUGAAUUCCUCUUUCAAAGGUUUGCCAGAAGACUUCCACAAAGCUGACUUCAGGAUCUCUGAAGGACCUCCAUGCAUUAUUGCCACACUUUGUGAAUUACAUGAUGGCCUUUUAGUAGAAGCCAAGGGCAUAAAGGAACAUUAUUUUAAGCCAUAUAUCUCCAAGCUCUAUGAUAGGAAGAUUUUAAAAGGAGACUGUCUUUUGGAUCUUAAUAACUUUUUAGACAACAACAAAGCACUGAAUAAAGAAUAUGAAGAAUAUGUUCUGACAGAAGGUGACUUUGAUGAGAGGGUU